AUGAGCCAAGAGCCAUUCAGGUCCGCCAUCCCUCUACCUGGGCAGAGUAGCAAGUCGUUGCUGCUUAUUGUGCUGCUUGCCGAUACACCGCUGCCUCUGUCGGUCCAUUUCACCCCACCUCCGCAUUUCGGCUUGAUUAGCUGACGAUCUGACAUCUGUUUCGCUCAAUCUCACAGCGUCAAAGCAGCGCAUGGGAACUACCAUGAUAUAUUCACUAGCCUAUUCGAGCACUCGGUCCAACUUCACGCCUCGCAAAUCAAGCUGGGGUCGAAAACAACGAGUGGAACCCAGUCUGAAGCGGUGCUGACGGUGGAGAGCUACGAUGCCGUGCAAGGCCAAUACCCGACAGAGGAUCGGGUCAAAGAAGCGCACGGAGUGCUCAUUACAGGGAGCGGUGCGUCGUUCAAAGAAAGAUCACCGAGUCUUCUCGGCGUGCCUAUCUAGUCCUUCGACUCGGUUGGCAGAAUCUGACUCUAUGCUCUCGGUAAUUGCAUGUUGUUCGCCCAUAGCUUCUUCAGCAUACGAAACAUUCGACUGGAUCACCAAGCUCGUAGGAUAUACCGCCUCAUUGCCCAAGAUCAACCCGCAGAUCAGGUUAAUCGGUAUCUGCUUCGGGCACCAAAUCAUCGCGAGGGCCUUCGGGUCGACGGUCGAGAGAAACAGCAAGGGGUGGGAAGUCGGAGUGAGGGUGAUGGAUCUGACAGAGUAUGGUUCCAGCAUCUUUGGGGGUGAAAGAUUGGUGAGUGUCGCGGUGAUCUAUGCCCGAGCGUCUCCGCCGUCGGCCGAGGAAGCCUACGGCAGUUUGGGACCUCCUCGUCGAGCCUAGCCGCCGACACCAUCCCCACAUUGAUAUUCCACAGGCGAUUCACCAGAUGCAUCGAGAUCACGUCCCUUCUCUGCCGUCCGGUUUCGAACUGUUGGGAUCGACACCGAUGUGUUCCAUCCAUGGCAUGGUCAAAUAUUUCAGCUCGGCCCCUUCACCGCCGUCGGCCAACCUAGGCGACAUCGAGGUCCUAACGUUGCAAGGCCACCCCGAGUUUUCUCCCGACAUUGUGCUCAAGGUGAUCGAAGUGCGAGCCGAACGAGGUGUGUUUGAUCCCGAGAUGGCAGAGAAAAGCCGAGCGCAUGCGCGGGAAUCGGAUGAGGGGGUCCGGAUAGGCGAGGUGGUGCUCCGGAUUAUCGGGCUCUAA